AUGGAUUAGUGUGUGGGUGUACUGUGUUGCAUCUGCCAUCUGCCUGUAUUAGGGCAAAACGUUGGAGUGACAGUGGAGUCAACCAAUCACAUUGACUUCACAUUAACAAAAGCUAGCUAGCUAGACCAUGGGAAAACGUAUGGAAACUUCUGCCUUCUCGAAGGCCAACAGGUCUAGCUAGCUAGCUUUUGUUGUAGGCUAGUUUGCAGCAGCUGCAGCAGGUAUUAUCGAAGAGGAUGAUGUUGCUAAUUUGUUAGUUCUUCCCUUUUCAAGAUUAUGUUUCAACAAGAAGUUAAGUUUCAAAUUAUUAUCAUCUGUGCCUCAAGGUGCUUUGGCUUUUAACAUUGACCCAGCUGCUUGGAAGUAUGUCAGCGAACCUGCUGCUGGGUUUGGAUACAAGGUGGUACAGAAUAACCCAUCAAGCUUGCUUAUAAGUGCCCCCCUGGAUCAGUAUAAGCAAAAUAGGAGGGGACAAGUUUACCGAUGUCUGGUCAGAGAUUCAUCUUGCAUACCAUUGUCAAUACAAGAGCCCAGUCAUGGGAUCAAUAUGUCUCUUGGUUUGUCAAUGACAAAGGAUCCCGAGUCACUAAACACCAUGGUAUGCGGACCAACCAUCCCAAGAGAGUGCAAAUCCAUCACCACCUACAAUGGGAUGUGCUUUGAAAUUGACCAAAGUCUUCAUGUGAAACAACCUGUCCCUUCAUCUCUGGAAGAAUGUCCUGGACAAACAGACAUAGCCUUUCUAUUGGAUGGGUCAGGAAGUGUUAACAAAUUUGAUUUUGAAAAAAUGAAAGACUUCGUGAAAGAUCUGAUCAGGGAAUUUCUGGAAAGGGAUACUAAGUUUGCAGUUGCCCAGUAUUCAGGCUAUUGUACUAUACAUUUUGACUUAAAUACGUUUAAUGUCAUGAAUCGGGAUUAUCAAGUGAAUAGUAUUACUCAACAAGGUGGAGGGACUUACACGGCAGCAUCCAUGAGAAAAGUUGUCCAAGAGGUCUUUUCAACGAGUAGAGGAUCCAGACCAAAGGCAAAGAGGAUCAUGAUAGUCAUUACAGAUGGACAAUCAAAUGACAGCGGGAUGCUGAAAAAUGCAGCCUCUGAGGCUGAAGCCAAAAACAUUAUUCGAUUUGCCAUUGGGGUGGGCAGAGCCUUUUCUUCGUCCUCAGCAAUGAAGGAGUUAGAAACAAUUGCCUCCUCUCCACCAAGCAACCACGUGUUUCAAGUGGGCAGCUUCCAAGCACUUGACCAAAUCAAGGAUACAUUACAGAACAGCAUUUUUCCUAUUGAAGGAUCUCAGACUACUGGGGAAUCUAUUAAGAUGGAAAUGGCCCAGGAGGGAUUCAGUGCAGCAUACAUUCCUAGGAGAGGAUUCCAGAUGGGAGCUGUUGGAGCCUUCCAAUGGAAGGGGGCUUACCAGGAAUACAAAGGCAGCACUUUAGACCCUACACCACAACAGAGUCAGAACAUGGAACCAGAUAGCUAUAUGGGGUACUCCAUGGCAGUUGCUACGACACACACUCGCCAGUUUACCAUUUUAGGUGCUCCAAGAUUUAAACACACUGGACGAGUGGUGGUUCUUCCGUCCAGAGACACAGACAAGCCGAUAGAAUAUUCUGGACAGAUUGGCGCUUAUUUUGGUGCAGAGGUCUGUGCAAUGGAUGUGAAUAAAGACUCAUAUAGCGACCUAGUCCUCAUAUCAGCUCCGAUGUUCACAGACAGAGACAGAGAGGGCAGGGUAUAUGUCUGUACCAUCAAUGACUGGUCUGGGGUGGCCUGUCAAUUAAAUGCUGAGAUGACACUGGUGGGGGAUGCAGGACAAAUGGGCAGGUUUGGAACUUCUCUUGCCCCACUGCCUGACCUGAAUAUGGAUGGAUUUAAUGAUUUAGCAGUCGGAGCACCUCUAGAGAACGAUGGUCAAGGAAGUGUCUACAUAUUCCAUGGGACGAGUAGUGGAAUCAGCAAAAUCAAAUCUCAGAAAAUUUCAGCCUCAGAUGUACAGUCUGGAUUAAAGUAUUUUGGACUGUCCAUCAGUCAGACUUCCCUGGACAUGAGUUUGGAUUCUCUCCCAGACUUGGCCGUGGGAUCAAAGGGGGCUGUUCUCUUACUCAGGUCCAGGCCUAUUGUAACAUUGAUGGCACGAGUUUCCUUCAACCCACCCAAAAUCCCCACCAACCAGGUGGACUGCAGUACACCUCUGAGAAACAUUGCUAAAGUCUGUUUCACCAUGACCAGACAAACAACAGACACAAAAGAUCUUCAAGCAAAGAUUAACUAUACUUUAACUCUGGAUGUGACCCGCCAAGCUCCAAACUAUCGUGCUUAUAUCAGUCCAAAGAUACGGGAGGAAACGAAUACUAUUACAUUAAGACUUCAAGAGCAAUGCUUCUCUCAUAACUUCUUUAUUGAGGCUUGCCCAGAGGACUCCCUCAAUGAACUGUCCAAUGAACUUGACUUCACAUUUGAAGGGUUGCCAACAACAUCUCCUGGUGGCCUCAGCUCUAGCCUUUCCCCGCGGUCUCCGACUUCAACAUAUCAUCCUUUAGGUUUUGAGAUCAACUGUGGCGCUGAUAACAACUGCAUUGACAACCUGAAAGUGGAUUUUAAUUUCACUAGGAGUUCAGAGGUGAGGGUUGGCAUAGAUGAGGUGAUAAAUGUGACAGUGUCAGUCGAAAGCAGGGAAGAGAACUCUUACAACAGCCACGUUAUUCUCAAAUACCCUGCAGGACUUUCAUUCAGGAAGUUCACCAUACUCCAGGGAAGAGUGGAGUGUAACUCAUCAGACAGUGUGGGAAAUGUAAUGUGGGGACUAAGUGACUGCACCAUUGACAAGCCAAUCUUCAAAAGCGAUUCUAAGGCUCUCUUAGUAAUUUCCUAUGGGAUUGAUAGAAACACUCAAUUUGGCCAAAUGAUGACAUUCAUUGCAAAUGCCUCAAGUGGAAAUACACACUCGCCAAAGAGUGAACUUUCCAAAGUGAAAGAGAUUGGUGUGAAAUACAGCAUUUUUGUUGUGAUUAAAAGAAAUGAGGAUUCAACCAGUUAUGUUAAUUUCACUGCCGGGAAAAAUGAUUUGCAGAAACAUGUGAAACAAUCCUUUGAGGUUGAAAAUUAUGAAAGAGGCUUCAAUCUUACUGUGAUAAUCAAGGUGCCAAUGAAGCUUGGUGACAAAGACAUCUGGGCUGAUCCAAAUGGUAUACAGAUUCAAGGUUGUCAAAGACACAAGAAUGAGGAACCUACUGCCACAGAGUUUGUGGACCAGCUGCAGAAAAAUCAUGCUGUGGACUGCUCUGUCGCAAAUUGUGGGGUGUUCAUGUGCAAAAGCUUCAUUCGAAAUUUGGAUCGUAACUCUUAUAACAUCACUGGUAACCUCAGCUCUCAAUGGAUAGAACAGAUUGGUCUUGAGUCUGCCCAGUUCAACUUGGUCAGCAGUGCCACUGUAGAUUAUGACAGAAACCAAUACAUCUAUUAUUCUUCGGACUCCAAAAACAACCCACCUAUACAAAAGAUUGAAACUCAGGUGGAGGUGUAUCCUGAGGUUAACUUCACAAAGGGGGUCAUUGGGGGUGUUGUGGGAGGUCUGCUGCUGUUAGCUUUGAUCACAGCUGGGCUUUAUAAGGCUGGGUUUUUCAAAAGCCAGUUGAAGCAGAUGAUGCAGAAUACAUCAGAAGAUGGACCAGGGGGUGAUGGAGAAGCUGCCUCGCCUGAAUAACAGCAAACAAUUGGACAUGCUCACUGAAUGUGUACAAAUAUUAAAGGGGAAGUUCAGGAUUUUACAACUUGAUGUUAGAUGGUUCCUCACCGAAAAAGUAGUCUAUGGGUCAGGAAAAUCAGUAAAUCGUGGUUCGGUUUUCUUUAAAUCUACUACAAACUUCAGCUAACUUGAGCCACUGCUAACAAAAAAACGAUGCUCGUGAUAGAUGCAAUCGUGCAAUUUAGAAAUGUUAUCGGCCAAAUCAACUACAUAGUUGGUUUUUCGUUACUUAACAAACCUUUACCGCAUAAUGUUACCAUGUGGCAACAUAUAAUUUCUCUUUACCCCCUUACUUCCCUAAAUGAAAAAAUACACCAUGGCCUUUUAACUAGAUAAUAACUAGCUACCACGCACAUAACUAGCUAAGAGCUAGUUAUUCAUUUGCUCCACAAAUGAUUAUCAUAAAACAAUCAUCUUUACAUCUCCCCCUCCACCCAAAAAGAUAACAUUUGGCCAAGAUAACAUACGACUUUAUUUACAUAUGCAUGGAAAAUACAAUUAUUUUUAUAUGUAUAAAUAUAUAAUAGGGCAAGAUUUAAUAGUUUUUUUAAGAAAACAUAUUUUCAGAAAGUGUGAAGGAAUAAAACAAUACAAUUAUAAUUCAAACACCUCAUUUUUAUUAGAAAACCCAACUACUAAUAUCAUUAAUAAAAGAGUAUUACCGUUGUCGCAGUAUUUCCAUAUGGCAACAUACAGUUAAAUAAAACUUUUAAAAUAGAUUUUUUCAAACAUUGUUCUACAUUUGUUUUUGAGGCCAUUUGAAGUGAUAAAAAAUGGAAGUGAUAGGGGGCAUGGUUCUAUAAUAACGUGUGCAGUAAAGGGAGAUUUGGCCAUUGUAAAUCAUUUGCACAAUUGCCACUAUCACUUCCAUUGAUUGUUAGCUAACAGUGGCUAAAGUUAGCUGAAGUUUGUAGUGUGUGACCACUGCAUUUAAGCUGGUACACCAUUGACAUUUUAAUUGAAUUAACAUUUUAACUUUGCAUUAUUACCAACAAGAUGGCCACCGGUCCAACCCUGUUGAAUGUUAACUUGAAUGGGAAUGUCCUAUUAUCCAUUUUUCUGUGAUUUCAAUAGGUUUCCUAUGGAAGAUUGACAACAGAAUUUAGAAUAAUGGAUAUUCCCAUUCAAGUCAACAUUCUUUGAUGGGUGGACCUGCAACCUUGUUUGUGGUACCAUUUCAAAGAUACAAUUUCAAUUUUAUUCAGAUUUUAGUAUGUAUGGAAAAAUAUGUAUGGAAAGAUUAUUUCAAAUCAAAAGAGGUCAAAAUGCACCAAAGCAUAUGGAUCAACUCAGAAAGUUAUUGUAAAUAAAAAGUUAACCUCCUGGCAACUAUCUGCCUACUGUAAAAUGCUCAGUAACCCCUUUACAGUGCAGUUCUUCUCUAUUGUCGCAUGCUCUUACAAAGACUGCAGAAUUGGUAGUGGACAAAAGAGGUGCUCAACCUCAAUUAACAUAACCAUAGACCACUUAAACUGGUGCAACACUUCCACUAACCAACGUUUGGCACAAAACAGUACCAUGUGAGAUCAUAUAAGUACCUCUGAAGGUGCCUUAUGUGUAUAUUUUACCUUUAUGUACCCCAGGGAACAACACUGUACCCUAACCAUACCCUUAUUAUGUUCCUGGUAAUAAAUAUGUACCUGGUGGCAAUGCAGAAACAUCAACACACCUCUGACCAAGAGGUUCCAAGUUUACUGGAAUCAGAAUACAGCAACAUACCAUAGUUAUUUUAGGGCAAUAACACCCUUGUAAAUUGUAUAUUUACUGUAUUUUUACUGCUACUCAGUAGCCAGUGUUUACUGUAAUAUAUAAUAAUUAUAGAUCAUUUAUAACAGUCUGAGAAACCUUUAGCAAAGUGCAGAAAUUUAUUCUUCCCAAUAAAUCUGUGGCCAAUCGCUGCCAUGCCCAAAAAGCAGAACAUUUCUGGUCACUGGCAACCAGAAGGUUGUAAGUUCAAAUCCCAGGAGAGGUUGAAUCCCAAAUGUCCUUUUACAGCAAUAACAUCUUAAUUCAGGUGUAAAAAACAUAUUCAAAGAUAUUGUAAUUUCAGAUGUUUGAAGCUUGUGUACAAAAAUGAAAGUUAAAGAUGCAAAAACGAUGCUUAAGAAUGGGACGCAUAGAAAUAGCGCACAUAGAACACAUCUAGCACUUCUUAGACUUGCUUUCAAUGAUAAUGACAGAUCUAUAACUCACAUUUCUAUGUGAAUUUGGUCAGGUCACCCAAAAGGUUACAUAUUGCAGCUUUAAAUUAGGAAUCUUGCAGCUUUAAUUUUAACAUUUCUUAUGAAACCUUCUGGUAUUUGUAUGGCACAGACAUUGUGCUACAUAGUAAAUGUUUGUUUUAUUGUUCUUCACAUUUAAUUGACACAGUGACUAGAUAGCAUGCUUUAAAUUCAUCCCCUAUCCUUGUGCUACUGGGUACCAAUGAUCAUGUUCAUAAUUCCCUCCAAAAAUGAAUGAAUCCAAUCUUCCAACUGGCAAGAUAUCCAUCUGUUUGUUGGAAGAUUGGAUUCAUUUUUGGACAUGAUCUUUGGUUUCCAAUUUGCAAUAGCUUAGAGCUUACAGUACAUGUCAUGAGUUAGUUUAGUCUAUUGAAACAUACCAAGCAUGACAAUAAAUGUAAAUAUUUCUACAAAAUAAACUAACUGGCAAAAAAA